GCUGAAACACAAUACAGGUAGUAGUUGAAGGCGUGAAGGGGAAGGAAAACAAAACAAACGAAACAAAAACCCCAGGAGGCCAUAAGAGAAGACAACCACGAUCAUGAACUCAACUGGUGGUGUAGAGGGAGAAGGCCUUCUGACCGAGGACCAGUUUCUCAUUGGCGUGAUCGUGUUUGUGAGUCUGAACAUCGCCUUGGUCCUUUUCGGCAUCGUGAGCAACGCUAUCAACGCCUGGGCUUUUGUCGUAAUGGGCCUACAAGAUGGCUUCACUUGUAGCCUCUUCGUCCUGUCCGUUUCCGAUCUAGGUAUGGUCCUAACUGGAGCCGUUUAUACUAGCUCAAACUUAAUGGGAGUUUUAGAGCAAAAACGGGUUCUGUUGUUUAGCAUUGCUCCUCCCGCCCUAGCCCUCACUUCGGGCUACCUACGUGAGCAGUUUCUCCUCCUGUCCUCCCUCACCACCACAUUCCUCGCCGUUACCCGCUGCGCAUGCGUCACAAUGCCUCUCAAGUUCCGCUAUAUGUUCACUCGGCGCCGUGUGGUCGUGUCUCUGGUUGUCUUUGCUUGCUUCAGUUUUCUGAACCCUUUGCCCCUUAUGGCCGGAAUGAGGUUCAAGAUAAUACCCAUCAACAAUGGCACCUUUUUUCGCAGAAUAUUUACCCUUGAUGCCCACUAUUAUCAGGUGUCGGAAAUAACGGACACCUUGUUGGAUAUGAUAGCCAACUGUGGCACCCAGUUUCUGACUCUGAUUUCACUGGUGCUGAUGUGUAUCGCUCUAGAACGCACCACUCGCUUCAGACAACAGUCCUCGCACACCAGCCAUGGGCCCCUAGCACAGACAGGGACAAUUUUCGCAACACGCUCCACAACAGACGAUACAUCGACCUCUGACGUCAUAACAGAAGUCUCCUCGUCUGUUCGGCAAAACGUGUCUACAGCUGCUUCAACUGAAAGCACCGAACUGAUCAACUCGACAUCGGAAAAGACGACAGGAACUCUUGGGACACAAUCAAGAGUAGACACGACGCAACAGGAGCGAAAGUCAUCUUCAGGGUUAGAACUGACAACGCAAGAGGUGAAAGCUUCCACGAAAGACCCGCCUUUGUCCAUGGCGACCAAGCGCCAGCUUCAAGCGGUCAAGCAAGUGGCCAUCUUGUCCACGAUGUAUGUGUUGACCAACUGCCCGCGGCUGGCAAUGCUGGUGGGCCGGGCCCUGGAGCCCGAGUAUUACAUCGCUCAAAAGUACGACAAGCUGUUCCUCCUGUCUAUGCACUUCCGGGUCACAUCGGAGCUCUUCUGUGCUGCGACAAAUAUUUUCAUUUACGUUAGUUUUAAUGCCAAAUACCGUUCGCUUCUUCGUGAAAUGUUUUAUCCCAGUUUGAAGAACGGUUAGUCCCUAACUAAUUGACAACGCGCGUUCUGGUUCCCAGACUCAAACAAACCUUCAAGACGAGCUCUUUUUGAGGCACUUUAAAACAAAAACAAAAAAUA